CACGACUUCUUUCCUCAGCACGUCCAUUGACACUCGAGUCCUCACACCACAUCAUCCAAUGCCUACCAGUAAGACAUCGACAUCCUUCCUCGUUAUCAUCUCUCGCAGUCUCAGGUAGAAGAAGAGCCGACGCACGCCUCUCUCGCGCCUGCCCUUCUCAUUGCUGCCGCUGCUGCGCAGCACAGUCUUUGGUCCUCGAGACUCCAAGCUCGUCCAUCUCUCCUUAGCCCGGAGGAUAGACGACGUCUUGGAUCUAGAGGCUCAUUCGUAUUCCUGGCAUGGCUCCCUCGCACACCUCGGGCGCAUCUGGCGUUCCGACUCUCAUCGACUGUUGGCACGUACGUGACCUCCAACGCUUCAGGGCUGUCCUCAAGGGCGGGCCGGCUGCUGCUGGCCUUGUUACGGGGUCGUCUUCGCAUUCUUACUCCAAGUCGCCAUCUCACUCAGCCGGAGGAGCAUCGUGGGGCUCACUCGGAAACAGUAGCAAUGGCCUCGGCCCCGCUGCCCCUGGCGAAGUGAAUCGCAAGGACCACCUAGGACGGACGGCAUUGCAUCACAUAGCCUCAUCGGAGGAAGGAGUCAGCAUCGACUUCCUUCAUGCCCUCCUCUCUCACCCUAGCUGCAAUCCCAAUGCUCAGGACGGCGAAAGUGGCUGGACGGCGCUUCAUCGCGCUCUUUAUCUGGGCAACCUCAAUCACGCCCUCACUCUGCUUCGUCAUCCGAACAUCGACGUGCGUAUCAAGGAUUUUGAGAACUUGACGCCAUUCGACCUAUACAAUUCGACUGUGGCCGGGACCAAUCCUCCGCUUGAUGGAAAUGUCAAGGGCGAUCUGUACUUGUGGGGUUCCAAUCGCAACUACACGCUCGGAUUGGGAGACGCAGACGAUCGCUCUUGGCCGGAUCUUGUCACUCUCAAGAGGCAGCAGGUGGGCAGCGCAGCGAUCGUAUCCACAUCAGACUCAGACGAUGAAGACGCCAAUGUCGCCUCGAAUCGAAGCCUUGCAGCCGGCCGUCGCUUCGACCGAGUCAAAGUACGGGAUAUACAGAUGUCGCGCAUGCAUACAGUCGUAGUUACAGAGGAGAAGGGUGGAGGCAACGUCUGGGUAGCAGGCAUCGGUACCGCAGGUAGGCUGGGCAGAGCUGCUUCGCCGCAGACGACGCUCACUCCGUUGCCUGACUUCAAGGAGAGGGCAAUCAGUGUGGCGGUGGGGCCGGACCACACGCUCAUUGUCACUGCCAGUGGCGCCGUCUACUCCUUUGGCUCCAACAAGUUUGGUGUUCUGGGCUACACGCUCGAGGAAGGACAGGGAAUGGUGGCAUCCAGUGGCGGCUCUUCCACCGGAUCAGCUGCAGCGUCUGCUACAUUCGGCGGGCAUCCCCCAGCGGCGUCGAACAAGUCGUACGACAUCCAAAUGACGCCUCGCAAACUUGUCGGUCCCUUGAAGAAGGAAUCUGUCGUAGGCGUCGCCGCCAGCAAGCUGCACUCCGUCGCCUUCACAGAGGACGCCCUCUUCACCUGGGGGUCCAACACAGGCCAGCUAGGUUACGAUAAGGUCGCCACCCCUCUGCAAGUACUGCCCCGCCGAGUCACAUCCCUCACCGCUGGUCAAGCGACGGGCAUUCGCCAGGUGACAUGCACCGACCACGCGACCGCCCUCCUCUUGAACACGUACGACGUCCUCGUCUUUCACGGCGAUAUGAGCUUCCGCGUCACAUUCCCCAUGGCGCGCUUCAACGAGAAAAUGUCUGCCGGCGUCUUCCGCCCACCACAAGCCCAGCCUAAGCCCAGCAUCGCGAAGCUGACUAGCUCUGGCAGCACGUUUGCGGCUCUCAGCGACUAUGGAGACUUGUUCACCUUCACCCUCGAGCACCCGAGCGAGUACAAUAAAGGCUCGGCCACCCCUACGUCCGGCGGAGGGGCCAAACGCGUCCCAGCGCCCGAGCCUCAGCUCGUUUGGUCGGUACGCAAGAAGUUUACCGCGGUACGCGACGUGGCUAUCGGCUUGGAUGGAUCAAUCAUUCUCAGCACUUCCUCCGGGCACGUAUUUGUCCGAUCGCGACGCACAGCGAGCGAAGCCAAGUCUUCGUCCAAGUCUGGGUCUGCUCGGGCCUUCAAAUUCGCGCAGAUACCUAUGCUUCAGAGGGUUGUUAGGGUGGCGACAAAUGAAAGUGGCGGGUUUGCGGCUAUUCGCAGCCAAGCGCCCAUUCGUGAGAUCAAGGUCAAGGGACGGACGCUCCAGGAGGAUCUGCUCGAGUCGCUGCCGCACUUGAAGACGCGCGGUACGGGAGGAGAGCAGAAGUUGAUCAGCGCUGACGUCGGGGCUUUGACGCAGGCUGUUUCCAGAGAUGACGAGGCCGAGAGUGACGAAGAGUCCGACGUGGGUGAUACGACGAUUCAGCGUCAUACAGGGAUCGCUCUCCUCAUUACAGAGGCAGCCAAGCGAUGGGAUCGGGACGAGACGGGCCAGGCGCAACCUCACUUUGGCGCUGCCAAUCUCGUACCGCCGCCGGGGACGGACAUGUUCCUCAUCGCGGGGGGCAAGUACCUUCCAGCUCAUCGAGCGAUCCUCAGCGCUCGCAUCCCGCGCCUCUCGUCUUUCCUGGACAAUCCGCCUACGAAGGGCGCAGGAGGAGCCCCAAAUGGCGUAGUCGUCAAGAAGGUCAGCGAUUCCGUCGUCACCCUCACUCUACCCAGCUGCAGCUUCCACACGGGGCUCUUCCUCCUCCACUACCUCUAUACCGACGACCUCCCCGCCGUGUGGACUUCCAGUGUCGGGCUCAGAGUGGAAAAACAAUUUGCACAGGCCAAGAUCAAUCGCAACACUGUACACGCGCAGCUCAAGGAGCUAGCGAGCGUCUUGGCCUUGCCGGCCUUGACGCCUGUGCUCAACAGCCCCGUUCCGCGCUCUCCUACCCCCACCCUGCGAGAGGACAUGGCUUCCUUCUUCAAGGGCGCGGUGACCGUAGACAUCGAAGCCUCACCACUUCACGAUGUCGAGCUCCUCCUCUCCGAUCGUACCGUCCCCGCUCACUCAGUCCUACUGCGCCGCUCCCCCUUCUUCACUGCGCUGCUCCACCCAGACUGGACCUCCACACGCUGGUCUCUCUCUGGCGUCCUCACGAUAGACAUGGGCAACAUACGUUGGGAAACGAUGGCCAUUCUCCUCUCCCACAUCUACGCCGACAAAGGUCUCGAAGCAUUCACGGGCAAAGAACAUGAGAGGACACAGGAUGAUUGGUUCGAUUUUGUCACCGAGGUACUCGCGGGCAGCAAUGAGCUUCUCCUUGACCGACUGAAGCUGGCGGCCUCUUCUCUCCUUCGGGCACGGAUGGCUCCACAAAAUAUUGGUGCUUUGCUUUCCAUCGCGGACAUGUACCACGCCGUCCCCCUCAAGGAGGCCAGUUUGUUGUACUGCGCGCAGAACCUCGAGGGGCUGUUGGAGGGCGGAAUGUUAGACGAGCUCGAGCACAAGAUGAUUCGCGAGCUGAGUGCUUACAUGAAGGCAAGACAGGAUGACAAGACGCAUAGGACUAGACGUACGGAACAGCUUUCUGAGCUUUUGGUCAAGCACCAUGAGUUCUUCGAGGGACUGGACGUCCCGCCGCCUAGCCUCAAUCUCGUCAGCCACCGAGUCGGCAAGCGACCACCCCGCUCCACGCCUUUGGAGCCGUAUGUCGACGGGCAACGCAAGUCAGGGAAAGCGGGCAAGGGGAAGGCAAGCUCUCGAGCUUCACCGCCGCCAGUUUCGCCCAGCUUGGCGGCAACGCUUGCCGGGGGAUCGGGCAAUGACUCGGCGUUAUUCGACAUGGACGAAGACAGCUUUGAGGGGCUCGACGGAUCGAGCUUGGGCGCCAUGGCGAACCUCAGUCUAGGACAGCGAGGUGGAAGCGGCGCCGCUUGGACGACAGUCCGACGUCAGCCGUCGAACGCCGCAGAAAGCAGUUCAGCGCAGCAGCGCUCUGCGUCAUCAUCCACUUCAGCAGCAGCGGGUGGCACCACCCCUUCUCCCUCCGCAGGUCUCGGUCAAGACCUUCGCAGCAUCAUGGCGGCCGAGCAAGCACGCUCUCACCCUCUGCGGCGCAUGCUCUCCGCUUCAGCAUCAGCCUCACAGCAACAGACGCCCGAGGGCUCGAUGCCGCCCAGCGGAGCUGCUACGCCCGUGCGACCGAGGACGGCGAAUCGGCCCAGCGUCAGCGCUGCAGGGGAGCAGAGCCCUAGCCUCGGUCCGGCAACGAACAGCGCAGACGAGCCCCCGCCACUGGUCUCCCCGCUCAACGUCUCCACCAAGCUCAGCCAACGCGACAGGAAGAAGGCCGCCAUGCUUGCUGCCGCGCAGGCUCAGCAAGUCCAAGCGUCUUCCUCGCCUUCACCUGCAGCAGACAGCUCAAGUCAGUCGCCAGCCCCGGCGUGGGGCAAAGCGUCGUCGAGCUCGACGGAUAGCUCGGCUCGUCCUGUCUGGCAGAUGAACAAGACCGGCAGCAGCGUCAAUGCUACAGUUGAGAGCGCAGACGUCAGUGGCACCUCGCCGAUACCGAGCACACCAUCAAGGCCUACCGCGAGCGGCUAUAGUCGACCGUCUCUGAUGGGCAGCGCCGGGCGCGGAGUCUCCUCGUUCGAUCUCGGCGGUAGCGCGCGCCGUCAACCUCUUACGUCUACCCCGUCACGCGAUCCCUUCCCCACUCCGGGAUCAGCAGCCUCCCCCUCAUCCUUCCUGACGUCCCCACCGCCUUCGGCCAGCGGCUCACACUCCCCGCACCGUUCCACCUCUCCACUGCCCUCAACAUCACCGUCUUCCUCCUCCCUCUCCUUUGCUCAAAUUCAAGCCCAACAACAGCAUGCGUCCGCUCUUGCCCUCUCCUCCGCAGCGGCUGAUAUCGCCAACAAGAAGAAGAGCUUCGCGCAGAUUCAGGCUGAGGAGCGGGCACGGGAGGAGGAGAGGCGCAAGGAGGAAAAGGAGAGGGUUGAGUUCGAACGGUGGUUCGAGGAGGAGACUAGACGGCAGAGGGCUGAGGAGAAGAAAGCUCAGGUGCCCAAAGGCCCCAAAGCGGGAGGGAAAGGGAGGAAGGGCGGAGGCGCUCAAGCUGCUGCUGGAGAGGAUGGUAGCGCGUCGACGAGGAAGAAGGGGGGUGGUGAUGGCAGGCGCGCCUCUUCUGCAGCCCCAGUUGCUGGCGAGCAGUCAGGGAGCAAUGGCGCUCAAUCAGGUAGGGGCAAAAAGAAGGGUCCGGGCACACCGCAAGGCCAGACGGACGCAGCUUCCGUUGAAGCACCAUCAGCAACCGAUGAGCCAAGUCAGCCUCCUCGCGGACCACGUCGUCAACAACAACAGCAGCAGCAGCAGCAGCGGAAGCCCUCGCAGCCGAAUAGCAAGCAAGCUAAUGGAAGCGGCGGCAUCGGGCAGUCGCGUGGACCUGUGGCCGCUCCAGCAGCCACUUCUGCGCCAUCAGCAGCUUCUCUCUCAGCCAAAGCGCCCGAAUUUGUCUUUAAGCCAGCAUCGUAGCAGUCCGUUCCCCCCCGGCCGAGCCAGACCCGCUUUCGUCACCUUUCUCUGCACUCGAGAGCCCAUGUACAAGUAGAACUUUGCGAAUCGUAAUGCACGCAGAGCAGCCUUUUCAUGCUAUUCAGAC